ACAUGAUGUCAGCUGAGAGGAGUUUCUCCACACAAUGUCAGCCCCCAGUCUCCAUCUCAGCAGCAGCGGGAAGGCAGAGCAGUGAGGAACUGCAGACACACCAGUCACUGUCCUGUCUCAUUGCCAUCACCUGACUGUCCACAACAGGAAUCACCAUGGAGAACAACCUGGAAAACAAUAUGGAGCCUAAGUCGGAGCAGGAUGAGAUGCAGCGAUGCGCUGACCAGAUCACGGAUGAGUCCCUGGAAAGCACCCGUCGAAUGCUGCAACUGGUGGAGGAGAGCAAAGAUGCCGGGAUCAGGACUCUGGUUAUGUUGGAUGAACAAGGCGAGCAACUGGAGAGGAUUGAAGAGGGAAUGGAUCAAAUCAAUAAGGACAUGAAAGAAGCAGAAAAAAAUCUCUCGGAUCUGGGCAAAUGCUGUGGCCUUUGUUCCUGUCCUUGCAAUAAGUUAAAGAACUUUGAGGCAGGAGGAGCCUACAAGAAGGUGUGGGGGAAUAACCAGGAUGGUGUGGUGGCCAGCCAGCCUGCCCGGGUGAUGGACGAUCGGGAACAGAUGGCUAUGAGCGGCGGAUACAUCCGAAGAGUCACGGAAGACGCUCGGGAAAAUGAGAUGGAGGAAAACCUGGACCAGGUGGGAAGCAUCAUCGGCAACCUGCGACACAUGGCUCUCGACAUGAGCAAUGAGAUUGGUUCCCAGAAUGCCCAGAUUGACCGGAUUGUGGUCAAGGGGGAUAUGAACAAAGCUCGCAUCGAUGAAGCCAAUAAGCACGCCACCAAGAUGCUGUGAGCUGCUUCUCCAGAAGAAGCCUCCCUUCUGCCAGAGACACCCAUCCCAUUCUCCACUGCAGCAUCUGAAAGGUCCUGGAGGGGCAAGUCCCCUGUGCUGUGAUAGGAAACCACAAGGUUCAAUAUUAUUCUGUACAUUUAAAUUUAUUUUAUAAUUUCGCAGUGUUGCGGAUUUUUCCAGUUGUGCAAGGUGUAUAUUUCAGUGUCAACGUGUGUAAUUGCCUGCCCAAAGUGAACUAAGUGUAUUGUUUUGUUUCUAAUCUCUGUGCUGAUUGG